AUGGGUACCCAGGCUUCCAAACAUGAGCGGACUCACUCUGGGAGGAAGGCUUCCCGGAAGCCAUCCCGUUCCCAGAGGGAUCCCGACUCUCCUCUCCAAUUCGUCAUCGCGUGUUGGAAGUCGAUUCCUGGCCACAAAUUGUUAUCUAAAGAAAAAUUAGAAGACCUCUGCUCCGAAACCUGGCCCGCCAGUACUGCCUCCGCCAAACCCGAACUGCGGUGGCCACCGGGGGGUUCGUUUAACGAAGAACGCUUGAACCACCUAAGGAAAGCCCUGAUAGAAGAAAAACCCCGCCAGUUAGAAUACCUGGCCACCUUUGAGGCAGUAAGGGGAAUGCUUCAAGCCCCAAAGGGAACGACCUCCUACCAACUGCCUAUAUUAAAUCCCGGGCGACAGCCAAUGCCCCCCCCUUACGAGGAUGACGAUAUACGACAGACCCUGGUCCCCUUCUACUAUCAAGGACCACCGCCGCGAGCCCCAACAUCCAGCGACAGCAGCUCUAGUAGUGGGGAGGAAACGGGGGAGGAUGAGACACAAGACACUGACAAUAGGAGGGUCACACGACUACAAGCGAGAAAGGACAAGGGGGGCGCCAAACAAGUUAAAAACCCCGAACAAGCUAGGACUAAAAUCCCCUCUUCUACUCUCCACAACACCAUUGAGAACUCUACCCAAGUUGGGAAUAAGCCCACUCCCGCGGAACCUCAUGGCUCCGCUACGGGGACCCUGGGCUGCGAUAAAGAAACUCCGGGGACUUCUGACCAAGUAAGCUCCACCGUGACUUCUACUGCGGUCCAGAUGCCCUUAAGGGCCCUGCCCAUCCCUCCUCUCCAACCUGAUGGGCCCCCACGGAUGAUUUACACGCAUCAACCCUUCUAUACCUCAGACCUGGUAACCUGGUCAAAUCAGAUGCCCUCAUUAAGGGACGACCCGGACAAGUGCCACCGCCAGGUCAGCGCUAUCUUCUCCACACACAAUCCCACCUGGCCAGAUGUACACGUCCUUCUGAAUGCCCUCUUCAAUGAGGCGGAGAAAGCGGACAUCUUAACCAAAGCCGGGGAAGCCAUAGAACUACCCGACUACCAAAGGGGACGGCCUCAGGGAUUGCAAGCGCUCACAGCACAAUGUCUUAGAGUAGAACCAGAAUGGGACUAUAACACCACCGACGACGGCCACCCCUAUCAAUGCCUAUUGGACACGGGGGCUACCUAUUCCACCCUAACCGACAGUCACCUGGAACCAGGGACAGUGACCAAGAAAGUGAUGGGACUGGAUGGGAUACCCCGCACUUGCCCACUCUCGCGACCGGCCAAGGUCACCCUCGGACCAUUACUAGCGGAACACACUUUCCUUUUAACAAGCAGCCCUGUCAAUCUCCUCGGCAGAGACCUUCUCUGCAAACUUAACGCCACUAUAAAAUGCUCCCCGGAUGGCAUUUACCUACAUAUGCCAGGGAACUCUAUCCCCAUGUUCCAAGGUAUCGUUCAGGAAUUUAAAGCGGACCGACAGUUUCCCGAGCUCCCUCUAGACCUGGAAAAGGAAUUGCCCCCCUCCCUAUGGGGCACUGAAUCAACUUCAGUCGGGCUCUUACUCUCCGCUACUCCAGUCAAGAUCACUUACCGAAGUGACCUACCCUUCCCGUGCACCAAGCAAUACCCCCUGCCCAAAGAAGCCAUAGACGGCCUAACACCCAUGAUUGAAGACUUCCUCGAGAAGGGGAUCCUAAUCUCAUGCGCUUCACCCUGUAAUACCCCAGUUCUCCCGGUCAAGAAGCCCGCUAAGGAGGGGACACCUGUACGGUACCGUUUUGUACAGGACUUGAGAUUAGUGAACCAAUUCGUGAUACCCCGACACCCGGUAGUUGGCAACCCGAACUCCCUCCUAAACGCCAUUCCAGCAGGGACGACCUGGUACUCCGCAGCGGAUCUGUGCUCUGCCUUCUUCAGUAUACCCCUGGAUCCGGCUAGCCAGUUUCUUUUUGCAUUUACCUGGGGGCCUGGCCAACUAACGUGGACCAGACUGCCCCAAGGUUACGUAGAGUCACCCGCAAUUUUUUCGGCCGUACUACAUCAGGACUUAGAGGACAUCCACCUACCGGCUAGCUCCACCUUACUUCUUUACGUGGAUGAUAUUUUAUUAUGUUCUACCAGCGAGGAGGCGUGUAAGAUAGAUACCAAACACCUCCUAUCAGAACUAGCGAGGAAAGGACAUAAGGUAUCUCCAAAGAAACUCCAGUAUUGUAAACAAGAAGUUAAGUAUUUGGGACACAUCUUGGGUGUAGGGACCAGAAGUCUAGCCACUGACAGGAUUGAGGCAGUCACUAAAAUCCCUCUCCCAAAAACAAAGCGGCAGCUGCGCGGCUUCCUUGGCAUGGCCGGCUUCUGCCGGGCAUGGAUCGCUGGUUACAGUGAAAUAACGAAGCCCUUAACUGUCAUGACGCGUCAGGACCACCCAGACACCUUAGUCUGGGAGGAAGAAGCUUACAGCUCUUUUGAACGACUAAAACGGGAACUCAGAUCCGCUCCUGCCCUAGGACUACCCGACUACCGAAUCCCUUUCAACCUGUUCAUCCACGAGCAAAUGGGGGUAGCCUCUGGUGUCCUAACCCAACCCUUCCGCGAUCAGGAGAGGCCAGUAGCAUAUUAUAGUCUACAACUUGACAACACUGCAAAAGGGGCUGUCAGUUGCCUCAGAGCCAUCGCAGCCGCUGCCGUCCUCCUCGAGAAAGCCCAAGAGACGGUUCUGGGCCACGAAAUCACCCUUCACGUUCCCCACUCAGUCUCAACCCUCCUAACCUUAAAAGGAUGUCACCAUUUCUCAAACUCCCGCCUCAACCGGUAUGAAGCCCUCCUGCUAACCCCAACCAAUGUCACCAUUAAACGUGUCAACUCGCUAAACCCCGCUACCCUACUACCCCUUCCCGAUGAUGGCACCCCGCAUCAUGACUGCACCACUAUAGUCCGGCAAGCCGAAAAGCCCCGCGAAGACUUAGAUCAUCUUCCCCUGGAGAACCCGGACUUAAUACUAUAUACUGACGGUAGCUCUAAAGUAAUUGACGGGGUUAGAAAGACUGGGUAUGCGGUGGUCUCCGACUUCGAAGUACUAGAGUCGAACCCAAUCAACUCCCAGUACAGUGCCCAAGCUGCCGAGUUAAUUGCGCUACUGCGUGCCUGCGAGAUUGGUGAAGGGAAACGAAUAACCAUUUAUACGGAUAGCAAAUACUGUUUCGGCCUUGUGCACACAACUGGCCAAAUUUGGCUCCAGAGAGGCUUUCUAACCGCGGCCGGGUCUCAAAUCUCGCACGCCGCCCUAGUUGAGCGACUUCUCACAGCGAUCCACCUACCUGCCGCUAUAGCCGUUGUCCACUGCAAAGCCCAUACCAAGGGCAGGGACUCAGUUUCUAAAGGAAACAGACGUGCCGACAAAGCCGCACAGAUGGCUGCCUUACGCAUCCCUAACAAUGAAUCCGAGUUUCAAGCCCUCCAACUACCAGCAGACCUAGAUCUCACAGAAAUUUACAAAUCUGCCCCAGGGGAUGAAAAGGCUACGUGGGAAUCGCUAGGGGCCACCGAACAACAGGGUGUCUGGGUCCUCCCCGAUGGAAGAACCGUCCUUCCAAAGGCCUGGACUCCAAAAGUAGUGAGGUUUCUUCAUCAGCGGACACAUUGGGGAAAAGGGAGAUUAAUGGAGCAUGUAAUUAGAUCUUGGUACGCACCCGGGAUAGCGGCCGCUGCAGCAGCAGCAUCAAAGAAUUGCAUUACCUGCCAUCGCUUCAAUCCCAAACGAGAGCCCAGGAGACCACCAGGAGCCAGACCAUGGGCCUUUGUCCCUUUUGAGAACUUGCAGCUUGAUUUCAUUGAUCUGCCCCAAUGCCAAGGCUUUAAACACGCUUUGAUUAUAGUUGACCAAUUCUCCUCGUGGGUGGAGGGAUUCCCUUGCAGAAAAGCCACCGCAUCCGUAGUUGCCAGGGCCCUCCUACAAGAUAUCAUUCCCCGCUAUGGCAUACCCCGCCGCCUAGACAGCGAUAGGGGAACCCACUUUACUGCAGAAGUGGUGCAAUUAGUGGCCAAGGCACUCCAAAUUAAAUGGGAUCUCCACACUCCAUACCACCCACAAUCCUCUGGCCAAGUGGAGCGUAUGAACCAGGAGAUAAAAACACAGUUGGGCAAACUUUGCGAGCUCACUGGCCUAAAAUGGGUGAAUGCACUCCCACUGGUCCUUCAUAACAUCCGCAGCGCCCCAACCGGACGUUUAAAACUUUCUCCAUUCGAACUCUUAUUCGGGAGACCUCCUCCCGUCUACAACACUUUAUUCCCACUAUCAGAACUGGAGCUGGGGGAAGCAGAACUUACUAAUUAUGUUAUUCAGCUUCAGACACAACUACAGCGUCUCCACCACUACGCGGCCAUCGAGGGACAGAACCUGCCCAUCGACGUCCACGCUCACUCCUUCCACCCUGGUGACUGGAUCCUCGUCAAAGUCUACCAGAAGGAACCACUCCAACCCGCGUGGGAAGGUCCCUACCAAGUACUCUUGACAUCGCCAACCGCCGUGAAAAUAGGUGAGAAGAAUUCUUGGUUACAUCACACUAGGUGCAAGUCUUCACCCCCUCCACCGGAGACUGAAGAAAGCAACGGCGAGGACUUCACCUUUUCGACUCCACCUGCUCCACCGGCCUCAUAUAUUGACGACGACGACCAACAGACCGGACUGGAUCGGGGCCAAGUUCGGGCCCAACAGACCGGACUGGAUCGGGGCCAAGUUCGGGCCCAACAGACCGGACCAGCAGAUCGGGGCCAAGGUCGGGAUCACUGCACGGGCUUGCAAACGAACUACCACUUCUUGGACUAUCAUGAGGUCGAGACGGGAAGGUCAAACCCUGAUCGAAUGGGGGACUUUGAUUUCUGCCUUCCUGAGUCCCGAACCCUGCUGCGCCAUUCCCUAGUUCCCCAACUCGCCGAAAACGAAUAUUGGGAACUUUUUAUCCGGAACAAGGAUUUACACCGCAUCGGCUCUGCGGCUCUCACUCUUGACCACUCCUCUUACCGGCUGACCUGCAGAAAUGGGACUUAUCUUCUUUACGAGAGUGGAGAGGUCUCACAAACCCCAAAUUGGACCGAAGUCGAGACAGGAGGGGCUACUCACGCUUAUACGCAAUCAAGCCACCCCUCUGGAAACUUGAUUUUCGGGUUCCAAUGCCUCCGCUCCACCCCAGAAACCCGAAAGCCCCAACUCCAAGGACUCUGCCUGCGACGGUUCUGCUGUUUAUGGGACUUAGGGGUCACUCAUGAGUGGAAAGGGGCUGAAUAUCUCGAAGGAUGGCACCACCCUAUACACCCCUCACUCUCCCCCUCCUGGGACCACGUCGGACCCCUGCGAUGCGGCGGGAUCGCCAGAGAUAGGCGACUACUGAACACCACCGACCCCCUCCAUCCGGUUGGUACGGCACCCCGACAAUUCGGCACUGACUCGGCACUCCCGGGAGAAGAUCUCCUAUCAUCUUGGGAGCAGAACUCCUACAUUAAGCUUCUCAGCCAGGUGGCGAAGGAGUCACCCUACCCGGACUGCUGGAUUUGCGCCCACGCACCCAGCCAUCUCCAACAGAGCCUCCCACUGGUCCCUGUACCUGUGACCCUAGAACAGUUCCGUUCCGGAAAUGUUACCUCCUGGAACUUGACCGCACUCAACUUAACACAUCAAUACCUCUACCUCACCGGCCCCACAAAGGGACCCCUUUGCCGCAGCUUCUCAGGGGAAGGAACCUUCAUCGGAUCCAGUACAUGCACCAACACUCUAGAAAUCCUACCAACUGGACUGGUCACCGUCUCCAACACUAGGGACUCCCGGACUUUUCCUAACCUUACUGUGGCCUGGGCCGCUGCGGUCGGACACCCCUUGGACUGGAAGCCACAACCCACAGACACCAUGCUGCUGCAAACUUUUGCCUCAGGCCGAAUGGAAUCUUACCUCAGCGGCCUAUUCUGGGUGUGUGGACACCGCGCUUACACAUGGGUGAGCCCACACAUGUCCGGAUCCUGCUUCAUUGGCUACAUCGUUCCCGGAAUUAGAAUAGUACCACACCUACCCCCUGGAAGACAACGAAACAAAAGGGAGCAAAAGGAGCUGUCAGAUCUGUCAGAUGUCGCUGCAAAUGGAGAGACCGUAGGCCGGUCGCUUUUCCCCGCCUACGGUGCCGGUUCAAAUCAUGUGGAUAUUCUCCGACUCACCGACAUCCUCCUUAAGUUCAUGCAGGAGGCGACUCAGAUCACAGACUCUCUCAUGUCGGAACUAUCCGAGAACGGGUAG